UGCACCUCAGACCGAGAUCGAAAAGGUCGCUGAAGAUGCCUGUGAGAGUGGUGGAGAGCUCGACGCCUUCGCAAGACUCCGGACUAGAAUCAAGAACUGGACGUCCUCCACCUCCUUCUUGUUCACUUUUAAGUGCUGGGAGGGCUUUUUCCGGUACCCAGAAUGUUUCAAGUUUGCAAAAAGAUGAAGCGUGGAAGGUUAAUGUGCGGAUCCAAGGAAUUGACCUUGAUAAUGGCUAUUUAUGUGGCACAAUGGAAGCACUAAAUGUUCCCUUAGCAGACACGCCUGUAGUUACUUUUUGGGAGGGAGAACUAGUUGAUGGAAAUAAUUUCACUUUUUUCACCAGGAAGUGGGAAGCAACGCCAGAGGAUGAUAUUAGACAUUGGUCCAAGUUCCCAUCUUUUGCUCCACUUCUGAGUCAGGUUGAGGCUGAUGGUGGUAAAAACAUGGAUCUGAGUAACUAUCCGUACAUAUUUAUGCGAUGGAAGGAGCAGUAUUUUGUUAAUGUCGGAAUAGACUGUGGCUUGACUAUUGCGGGCUUCUACUAUGUUUGCUUUUCUUGUAGUGAUGGUUCCAUCAAUGGCUUUUAUUACGAUCCUAAUAGCAGUCCUUUUCAGAAGCUCGAGUUGAAAUGUAUCCCCGGGGGUUGUUCAGGUUAUACUUUCUCGUCGUAUCAACUGCUAUAAAAGUCUUAUUUUCUAAUAAAGAUCUGUGGGUUGUGUAAAGAUAGUUGGAUGUCUUGGAAACCAUGUUCUGAUUACUUUAAAGCCUUCCCGAGCUGCUUAGAUGGUUUAAACAUGUUGAAAUUUGGCCUUUUAUUUGUC